GCUUGUUUCGACGGCCGUAGUUGAUUUCGGAGGGGAGCUAUGACGGUUGCUCGAGGACGUGAGUUUCCUGCAGCAUAGCAUUUUGUAUUUCUAUCGCGCCUUUGUCUAAUUUAUUCUAUACUACGUUGAUUGUAUUCUAUCUUACGUGUCAUUGGCUGCUUGACAAAACCCCGUGACAUACGUUCUGCGCGACCACGGGACAUUCUUUGAGGCUUUAUACACAAACACCAAUUUUAAUAAUGGCCAGUGUUGGUGAUAUUUUCAAGAAACCUGCCGCCGUCCAGGCAAGUGGCAAGCGCAAACUUGAGCAGCCAAAUCACGAUCCCAAUGAAUUAUAUAAAGCGGCCAAGCUCGGUGCCAAUGGCGAUGUCAAGAACAAAGGGAAAUCCGCGGCUGUCGAAGACGAAGAAGACGAAAACGAGUUUGCGGGCCCAGAGCUCCCACCUGAUUUCGAAGAAGACGCUCCAGAUGACGAGGAGGGUCGAUUUUUUGGCGGAGGAAUGACAAAGGAGACCACCCAAGCAAUGGAAUACCUUGAUCGACAAGAUACGGAAGAAGGGGCAGCUGCAGAAAAAAUUGAUACAACAUGGGUACGGCGCUUAGCUCUGAAUUUUGAGAAGCGGAUCUCAAAAAAUGCAGAGCUGCGAGCGAAGUUCGAAAACGAUCCUGAAAAAUUCAUGGCCUCUGAAGCGGAUUUAGAUACCGAUAUAAAGGCUGUUUCUAUACUAUCAGAACAUCCAGAAUUAUAUGGAGAGUUCUCGAAGCUAGGAUGUGUUGCGUCUCUUGUUUCUCUUCUCUCUCACGAAAACACAGACAUUGCUAUCGAUGCUAUACAAACAAUAUCAGAACUGAUUGACGAGGAUGUACAAGCUGAACAAGAACAAUGGGAUGUUCUUGUUAAUGCGAUGCUUGAUGCAGACAUUAUCGAAUUGCUCGCCCAGAAUUUGUCCCGGUUAGAUGAAUCGAAUGAUACUGAUCGAUCUGGGGUGUACUAUAUUUUAAACGUCUUAGAGAGCUUGGCGUCACAGUCAUCAGUGGCCGAAAAGAUUGGCCAAGACGCAAAUACUAUGCCUUGGCUUGUCUCUCGUAUACAACAAAAAGAGUCGCCCGUCAGUCAAAACAAACAAUAUUCCGCGGAGAUUCUUGCGAUCAUCCUACAAUCAUUACCAAAGAAUAGAAAAAAGUUUGCUGAAACCGGCGGCGUUGACACGCUCCUUCUGUUAUUGAGUUCUUACCGGAAGCGAGACCCUGAAAAGGAUUCAGAUGAGGAAGAAUAUGUUGAGAACUUAUUUGAUUGUCUCACAUGUGUGGUCGAUGAAGAGGAAGGCAAGGCGAAGUUCUUGGAGAGCGAGGGUAUCGAACUUGCCCAGAUCAUGCUCCGGGAAGGGAAACUCAGUAAGCAGCGAGCACUACGUGUUCUAGACCAUGCACUGUCAGGUCAGGCUGGUGUUGCUGGCUGUGAGCGACUUGUAGAGAUAGCAGGACUGAGAACAGUUUUCGGCAUGUUCAUGAAGAAGCAAGAGAUUGAGACCGUGGAGCAUUUACUGGGAAUAUUCUCUUCCCUUCUUCGACUUCUACCAGGAGGAUCUGCACCGCGGAUACGAACUCUUGCCAAGUUUAUGGAAAAGGACUACGAGAAGAUCGACAAGCUAUUAUCUCUUCGGAGGGAAUAUGCGUCGAGAUUGAGACCCAUUGAUGCAUCGAUCGAGCAGGAGCGAAAAGAAUUGGACGAGGAAGACAAGGAGCUUCUGGCUGGGGAAUGGCUUUCGCGCCGACUAGACGCUGGCCUAUUUUCACUACAGACCCUGGAUGUCAUCCUUGCUUGGCUCAGUGCCGAAGACGACGGCGCAAGGAAGAAAAUAUCAGCAUUGCUAGCUGACCGAGACGAGGAUCUCUCAGUUAUCCGUCAAAGCCUUGAAGAGCAAAUGAACGGUCUUGGAGAGGAAGACGAGGGUGAAAAGGAUCUGAAGGGUAUGCUGGCCACACUCGUGCAGUUUGUAUGAUAAGAAUGUAAAGUCACAUGAACAAUCAACCAAUGAUUAGCAAGCUUCACUGUAAUCACUUGGCUCUGAUCAACAAUAAAUCCAAUUUUGUACCAAGGAUAAA